AUGCAGCUCCCUCCAUCGUCAGUUAUCGCCUCUUGGCCAUAUCCCAACUAUAAGAAUCCAAAAGAGGUUCAUGGCCCAGCCAUUAUUAUAAUGACAGCCAUCUUCAUGCCCCUGAUGCUGGCCAUUAUCGGCAUUCGCAUUUUCACACGCAUUCGAAUAUUAAGAAGUUUCGGCUGGGACGAUAUAUUCAUAAUUGCAGCUGCGCUUCCUACACUUGGCUGUGGUAUCAUCACCGUUACUGCUGCCAUUACCUUGGGUUGGAAUCGUCAUAUAUACGAUGUUCCCUUCUGGCAGCUCAUAUUGGGCCUCCGGCUGACGAUGCUGUUGGAAUGUCUCUUUGCUACAGGCUGCACCCUUACCAAGCUGUCGCUACUAUUCUUUACACGGAAAAUCAUGAAAGGGAGUGGGAGUCCGGCUCUGCAGUGGACUGUGGUGAUUAAUAUAUGGAUCGUUGCGGUAGAACUCAUCAUAUUCAUCCUAGUGGUCGUUUUUACCUGUAGGCCCGUAUCCCUUUAUUGGACGCUAUCGGCUCUACCCCAAAACUGCAUCAACGAGAGUGCGCAUCUCCUCGCUAGUGGCGCAAUUAACACCGCAACCGAUAUCAUCGUUCUUGUCUUGCCCAUUCCUAGCGUUUUAUCUCUCAACCUACCUACCAGGCAACGGAUCAUCCUUGUCCUGCUCUUCGGCGCUGGUUUUGGUGUCUGCAUCGCCGGUGGAGUACGUGCAUACUACACCUACCGGCUGAACAUCGCACACGACAAGACCUGGGAAGCCUACUACCUUUGGAUCUCCGGUACAGUCGAGCUUUAUGUUGGUGUCAUCGGGGCCUCGUUGGCAUCACUCAGGCCAUUCUUCGCGCGUUUCUUCCCCUCAGUCUUCGGUAACCAGCGUGAGCGGGCAUCCUACGCAUUUGCAAGCACAGUGGCACGACGCUACGGCUUCCGCCGCUCUAACCGCGGAAAGCCAAAGCCCGGGAAAGUGAAAGAGGUCAGCGAGGCUACCACAAUAACCAUGAACUACGACUUUGAUGUCACUCUUGACAUAUUGCGCACCCAAAAGAGCGAGAUGGGGCAGAUGCGCACAGCCUCCCGGGAAAGGGACGUAGAUGAAUCGAAUGUCGGCUUUCCAUCUACAGACACGGCCCCGGAGAGAGUGGAAACAUGA